CGAGGCUCUGCCAUGGAGCCUGAUCAAUAGUUGAUGGCAUUCUCUUGACUUUUGUGCUUGUUGAUGAAUAUAUUUUUUACUUUUUUGCGAUUUGUUCGUAUCAAGAACCCGUGAUCAAAGGUUAAAAGGAACUUGAGAUAUCUUUAACCUGAGAUGGACAUUACGAAAGAAGUGGAAAGCGCAUUGGAAGAAGAAGGUUACGUUAAAAUUGACUCGACUUCCUCGAGCACCAUGUCCACCUCUACUUCUCCUGUUUCCAUUGGGGAUAAAAAAUCGAGUUCACGUGGCGUCACUUCGGUUCAUUCGCACUCGGUGACCCAAAUAACGAGCCCCGUUCAGCAGAAGAUUCGCACGGACGUUUCAGCAAGUGAUCUCAUGGAAAAUAAGAGUGGUAAAUCAUCUCCAAAUUCAUCAUCGACGUGGCAAGGCCAGGGGCAAACUCCUGACCAGGAUGGCGAUGGGAAUGAUGACUUAACUAGCGGGGUUUGGGGCUGGAUGUCCACUGCAAUGUCGGUUGGAUUACAAACAACGCAAAACAUUGGUAGAAAUAUUAUGGAGAAAACCAAGGUAUUGUUAAAAUAUGUUGAAUGAAAACAAUUCACUUAUCAUACGUUUUGCAACGUUGUUAAAUUCCAAAUCGAUCAAAAUUAUUUCAAAAUGAAGCCACAUUAGGUUCAACAGUAUGUGAAAGUAAUGAUCUAUAGAAUAACAUCUGACAAAUUUCGAUGUUUGUUAAUUUAAGAUUUUGCACCAAAGCAUACAUCGGUUUAAACCCAGUACAAUUAUGCGAGUCUGUUGUUAUAUCAAUAUCGUUGGGUUGAUAUUGACUGUCAAAGCACUAGUGUGUUAUUCUUGCAUGCUCUUUGAUUAAGUGUCAUUUGAACUAAAACAAAGUCAUCGCAGUGGCCUGAAUCAGUGGAAACAAAUUAUUCAAUAGAACAGAUGAAAAGUCAAAUUUAAAACCAGCUUUAAGCAGACUAUCAUAAGGGCAGAAUUCAUAUUAAUAAUUUUAGAAUCAGUUAUAAAUCUUGAAAGCAUUUUGAAAAUUGUCAUAAUUUGUCUGUAUUUUUCUUCAGACUUCAGUUGAAAGUGUGAUCACAACACUUGACCCAGAAAUGGAGGACUACUUAUGUGAGUAACUUGAUUUGAAUUUUUAGGGAGGUUCUUUUAAUUGUUGAUUUAAAGCACCAAAGACUGAACCUCUGCACCAUUUAUAAGAGCUGUGUUGUAAACAUCAGUCACAUUCAUGUAUCAGAAAUAUCUUAUUUUAAAUUCAGUUUGAAACCAAUAAUUUGCAGUAUGUGAACAUACACUUUGACUUAUAGCACUGUAAAGGAAAGAAGCAUGAGUAAUGCUACCUAAUUAGUUCUUUCAUAUAACCCUUCACACCCUUACUUCACAGCGUAUAUUCUCCAAACUGUUCUCUAUGAUGCUUACCAGGAGAAUUUGUUUUAAAUUUAACAAUCAAGAGCUUAUUUCAUUAGUGAUCAUAUCUUUUAUUCUGGUAACCUUUAUUUUUGAUAUCAGAGGUGAUACUGUGAGGAGAAAUUAGGUGCUUGUCACUCCUAGGGGUGAAAAGGUUAUUUCAUUGUGAAAAUUUACAGUACGUGAAAAUGCAUGUACACCUCUGCAUGUAGCAGUGUAAAGAAAACAAGUAUCAGCCAUUUUUCUUGAUUCAUUUGCAUAACCCUUUACACCUUAACAUCAGUUUGUAUUUUCUCCCGACUGUUCUCUAUACAUUUCCUGAGGUGCUGAUAAUGAGAAUUUGUGUAAUAGUCAAGAGAUUUUUAUGUUGGUGAUCAUUUCCUUUAUUCUCAUGACCUCAAUGUUUGAUACAGGGUUAAUUCUUUUAUUGCAAGGAAAAAUUAGAUCCUAGUCACUGUCAGGGGUCAUGGGGCCAACUGAUGUAUAGCUAGUGUUAAUCUAUCUAUAUUUAUGUAUUUUUUUUCACUUUUGCUAGCAGACAGAAGAGAACAGUCUAUAAGCCUAGCUGUUGCAACCACUGAUACUGAAGCCAUAGAAGCAAUAAAGGAUGGGUUCCGUCAAGUGUUUGAACAUGUUACUGUGCAGUCAAAUUCCUCGACAUCUGGGAUUGCUCCCCUUCCUGUAGGAUUUUCAGCUGGGGUGAAGGGAGCACAGCAUAGAAUAGCCAGUUUAGUGCGUGGAAAGAAAGUGCAGGAAGGUCAAGUGAUCAUUGGAGUGGAAGAAAUGUUGUCAGAGCUGUUACCUGGCAAGUAGGUUACUGCUCCCUUUGAUGUAUCUUUAUAGUCAUAGUGAUUGUUCUCAGCUAGAGAAUGAUUUAUGAUAUCUGUGACAUGAAGUACCUUCUUGCAUAAUAAAAACUAUAUUUUAACAGCAACAAAAACUUCUUUAUUUGUAUCCAGUUCAAACAAAAAAAGGGAGUUGACUUUAAAGUGGAGUUGAAGCAAAACGAUAUAAUGGCUUCUUAAAAUAACUCCAUUUUAAUAGUUAAGAAAAAACUUGGAUUCAAGCCAAAUUGCUUUUUUGUCCAGAUUUAUUUAUUGAGUUGACAUUUUUCUUUCCUAGGUGGUUUGGUUUAACAUGUCUUGCACUGAGUGACCCAACUUCAAAGACAGAGCUUGAAACAUUCUCUCAAUCAGUCCAAAUUCCAAGUUUUUAUAUCAAGAAAGCAGAGGAAAGCACCCCAUCUAAUUACAACCUAAGAUGGUCAGGGCUAUCAUUUACUCUUGGGGAGGUCAUGCUAGGCUCUGGGCAAGAGUAUGGCGAUUGGCAUUCUAAAAUAUCAGGUACAGCUGAUUUUAAACAUACUGCAUUCCUUGAGUUAGAAUGAACUUUAUUUUGAAUCAUUUUUUAAAACUUUUAGUCAAAAUUUUAAAAUUUUUUUGGCUGAUAAGUUUGCAUUGGAGGCUUGUUUGACCCCACCCAAAUCCAACCAUUAUACUUUUUUGUUCACUUUUAAAAAGUGGUGUUAUCUUAACUCUCUAAUCCCCAAGAGUGACGAGCAUCAAAUCUCUCCUCACAGUAUAACUCCUGAAUCAAACAUUGAGGAUUAAGGAACAAAAUUAUAAAUGUGUGACUAAUGUUACAUAACAAUGUGAUUUCACCAAAUACAAGUGACUGUUUGUGACAGUUUGUGACAACUCGCCACUUAUAUUUGUUACAGCUGUAAAGGCUUGGGCUGGUUUGCCUUACUAUUUGGAGAAUAAGUGAUAUCAAACUCUUUUUUUUCUUUUCUUUUCUAGGUUCUUCCAAAAGACAAAUUCUUACUUUAGCUGCAAGGAGUUUAGCAGGGCAGUUUAGAGAAAGAUUGAGAGCUAGUGCUGACUCGCUGAUGGAGAAUGCAUUAGUUAUGUAACAAGUUGAUACUAAUGUUAGAAUAUUGAUGCUAUGUAGGUUCUGACUACCAAGAUAAAUAUUAUUAUAGUAACUCUAAUAAAUGUUUAAAUUGUUCUUCCUAUUCCAUAAGUAUUUUGUUUAACUGCAUUAGUAGAGUUCAGGGAAAUAUAUGGAGAAAUUUAAUAUUCAAUUACCUUCAAAUGCUCUUUUACUCUGGGAAAAAAAAAUGAAAAAGACAAAAAAAAAAUAGAUAAGGAAAGAUUUCACAGUUUUCAUUACACAGUAAAAACACAACAUACAAGUAUUUAUCAUUAGACAACUUUGUCUUAACCAUGAAACAUGUUAAUUACUUACUAGCAUGGAGCUCUUUCAGUUAGUUACACAUGUUAGAAUUUAUAUGUACAUGGCAUGAUAACUUUUCCAUGCCAGAGUUUCAUGCCUUCAUAUUUCCCAUUAGACCUCUCCUUACAUUAUACGAAAUUUGAAUUUGUUAAAGUAAAUGCAAAACAAAACAUGAAAUUAAUAAUUAAAUUCUAUGGGGUGAUAUUUCCAUUCAGUAAUAGGUCACAGAUGAUGUCAACAGUGGCACAUGAGGCGCAGUCAAGUCUAUCUCAUUGUGAUGUCUUCUAUGAUCUAUUACAGACUGUACAGAGCCAUGGCAAAAUGGAAUCUAUUUGUUUUAUGACUGAUAAGGAAGCAAAAUGUUGUUAUUGGUGACGUCAUUUCUGUGUGUCUUCCAAUAUAUUAUGAGUGAUAACCAUUCAAAAUGUGUGUACAGUUCAGCUGAACAUAUAUUAAUACCCUGUAUAAGAUUUAGUCACCCAUUGCACUUCAGCAUAGUAAAGAAUCACAACUUAUCUGUUAAACAUUCAUAGUAAUAAUAAUGCCUUAUUACUCCUGGCAAUUUAUUUAUGUGUAAUCAGGGUCCAUAGCUUUGAGGGUACUUUAAUUUCCUCCCUUGCACCAAGAUAUUCGAAGGAAAUUACAUUGUGCACCUCUUGAGAAUUGUAUUUAAUGCAAGAGUAUAAUUAAUAGUUAAUUUAAAUUACCAUGUGCUGAGUGUUAAAAAUGGUAAGUUGAGAGUUUAUUGGAGCUAGCCUAAUGAUCAGAUAACUUAUGGCUAUUUGAAUAGAUCAGAUGUAAAAUAUAUUUUAAUUGAAUCUAGAAUAAAAGACAUUGAAGAAGCAAUAAAAGACCUUACUAAGGGGGAAAACAGAUUUGAAAACAAACAAAGUUGAUGUGAAAUAAUGUACUAUUUUCCAUGUUCUUUAUUUCCAGGGAUUAUUUUCCAUACAUUUUUGAAGUAUAAGUGUUAAACUUUCAUUAAUGUUUAUGUCAGCAAUCAUGGGCAGAAGGCAUAGGGGAUUUAAUUAUUAUACAUAUGAUUAUUUUUUUGUGAAAAACAAAGCGUUUUUCUUUGUUCAUGGUUGGGACUUCACUGUCUUAUUUUUUAUGCCAAGAAGCAAAUAACAAAUAAAUGCUGCGUGACC